GACGCUGAGGUUUACUUCGCUGAAUGAAACGACAGCAAAAGUAAACUGAGCUCAGGGAACAUUGCCUAAAUAUUGUUUGUAUAUUUAGAAGGACAUUCGAAGUUAAUUAAAUAACUGAGAACAAUGGAUGUCACAACAGAGGCCAAGCAGAUCAUGGUCCAGGCUUUGAGUAAAUUGUACAGCUCGCGCACCCAGCGUGGUGGACUCCGACUCCACCGGAGCCUGUUGCUGACGCUCGUCAUGAAGUCUGCAAGGGACAUAUACCACUCUGCCCGACUGACAAGCGAGAAAAAGGGACAAGCCGACACACACAGUGUCACAGAGAACACCUCACAAACAGAAGAGCCCAUGGACACAACGAGCUCCACGACAAAACCUCUGCGCGCGACAGCGACACAGUCCACCGAGGAUGGGCAAAGGUCCGGACUCGAGGGUCAUUCACAUCUACACAACCCCGCAGGACUCACUGUGGACAAGGAAAACUGCAACCCAACCAGACUGGACCGUCACUCCAGGAAGCGACGGAGCAAAACAGCCACAGAUCCUGACUUCCUACCAUGCAAAAAAGCCAAACUGGAGUUUGUGGAGGCCAGGGGAAUUCUUCAGAGUAAUUCCGCCAACUGCGGCAGAGCGCUAGACUCACUGUCACUUGUACCUAUGCCAAGAACAAUUGUCACUUUCUGAAAAGACACCAACACAAGGACAGUAAAGUGAACUUUGCGCACUGCUGAGGGAAGCGCGCGUUGUGGCGCAUAACACGGCCCUGCUGUAGUAUUGGGGGCACUUGACUAAAGUGGAGAAGUCAGUGGCUGAUUACUCAUCGGAGAGCGGGUUGUUUUGGAAAUUGUGUGACUAAUGGUGCUUCUUCAAACUGUCGCGUUUCUCUGAUUCAGGACAUGACGCGGUGCCACUACUUCUACGAGAAGUAUUACUGAGAACGGACAUUCACAUGAACUUUAUCUAUCUAUUUAUUUAAUGGCCAAGAAUGUGUUCUGUCGUUGUAUUUGUCCAUGGUGCUGUCAUUGUCCAGUUAUCACACUGGGAUUUUAUGUGGUCUCCUUGCUGGGAAAACCCAUAUUAAGCUGUUUUGGAACAUUGUAGCUGGUUUCCUACUAGUCCAAGCUAGUAGAUCAACAACCAGCUGUAACAUUGUGGCUGACCGACCAGGGAUUUUCCAGCAGGUCAACAUGACAUAAGCUACUACAAACAGACAUUGUGAUGUUAUGAUCUAUCUACCUCAGUUUUGUACAAUAAAAGACUCUCUGACAUCUA